AUGAUGAGUGACGGCGACAUACCGCCCAGUUUGAAAGGUAAACAAUACUCUUACCGCGCCACGGGAGUCAUCAAACCUCGGGUUUCUGGAACUUACACACUCAGCGUGGCCACCACAGGCAAAACCAAGGUCUUCUUCGAAGGGAAGCUUCUGAUCGACAAUACGGAGUGGACGGAAGUAGCUACCAGCAAUGGUUUCCUCGGAUGCUCAAGCCCGGACAAAACAGCGGUCAUCGAAUUAAAAGCUACUUGUCCCUACAAACUCUCUGUGGAAAAUCUUGUUACUUUGCCACCAAACCAGCAUCUAGACAAUACGCUCUUCCCUUACGUGUCAGGCCUCCGUCUCGGCCUUGCACUCCAUGAAAAUGAGCAGGAGAUGUUCGACCGGUCCGUAGAAGCUGCAUGCAGGUCUGGCGUGGCUGUCGUAGUGGUCGGUCACAACAAAGACUCCGAGGGUGAGGGAGGUGAUCGAGCAAGCUUGAACUUGCCAGGCCGCACGAAUGAUCUCAUGAGUGCUAUCUGUGCUGCCAACCCAAACACCGCUUUUGUCGUGCAGUCCUCUAGCGCGGUUAGCAUGCCGUGGGUUGAGCAAGCACGCGCUAUUGUACUUGGAUGGUACCAGGGACAAGAGAACGGCAAUACUUUAGCGGAUGUACUACUUGGCAAAUGCAACUUCUCCGGAAAGACUCCUAUUACAUUUCUCCGCCAGUUAUCGGACCACGGAUCAAGCAAAUGGCAUCCCGCAGAGGCAGCACAGGACCGCUCCGUCAUUGGUGAGAAAGUUCUUAUCGGUUACAGAUCGUUUGAGGAGCGGGAGGUUGCUCCUUUGUGGCCAUUCGGGUUUGGACUCUCAUACACAUCUUUCAGCCUAUCUGGAAUUCGUCUUGAUGGGCAAAUGACCACAUCUGUGGAUUCGAUGAUUGUUAUCAAUGCUUGCUUAUCAAAUGAUGGGGAACAUGACGGACAUGAGGCGGUGCAAGUCUAUAUCUCGCCAUCGACCCAGAUUCGAGCGAAGGGGCUGGAAAGUUACCCGAAGACUCUUGCGGGCUUCAUUAAGUCUUGGGUUCCAGCAGGAGAAAUGCGUGAUGUGCAAAUUACUGUUCGCAGUGAGGAACUAAGAUGGUACGAUGAAGAAGUAGGCAGCUGGAUGCUGGACCGGGGCACCUACAGCUGCUUUGUUGGAACCAGCGCUGCUUCUAUUGACAAGAAGAUGUCAUUUGAGGUAAUUUAG